AUGGCCCAUCUCACCCGCGACGAAGUCCUCAAAUCAGGCGAAGUCGCUCCAGAGUACAGAAAGGCAUUCGAAAGCCGCCCUUUUGAAAUAAAAGGCUCCGAUAUCCACGAAGCUCGCGCGACCCGCGCUGCUCAUCUCGAGCGCCUCCGCCACUUGUAUCCCAUUCCGGGACCAAUUCCCGAGCAUGUCAAGGAGACGAUGCACGAGGUGCCGACGCAGGAUGGCGCGACGAUUCGAGUCAAAGUGUACCAGCCGGUUUCCGGGGCGCCCGAGGGAGGCAGCCCGCUGAUUAUGAUGUACCACGAAGGCGGGUGGUGUGUGGGUGAUUUGACCGACGAAGAUCAGAACUGCAGGAUGUUUGCCAGAGACCUCAGUGCAGUUUGUGUGAAUGUCGAGUAUAGACUCGCUCCUGAGCACAGAUUCCCCGUUGGCAUAAACGACUGCUGGGACGCUCUGGUGUGGAGCAUCAAGAACAGUGAUAUGCUCGGUGCGACGCCAUCGCGUGGACUCAUCGUCGGCGGCUCAUCAGCAGGAGGCGGUAUAGCAGCCGUGCUGGCCGUAAUGUCGCGUGAUCGCGGCCUCGAGCCACCCAUAACAGGCCAGUAUCUCUCCGUUCCCGUCAUCAUGCCCGAAGAAAACGUGCCUCCGCACCUUGCCCAUCUAUAUCAGUCGCGCAGGGGCAACUCCAACGACCCUAUCAUCAAAGAGCUCAAGCCAGGCAUGCUUGAAGCCGUCUACGGGCCCGAUCCCAAAUCCCCACUCUGGGACCCGUUCAACCAUCCCGACGGCCACAAGGGCGUUGCAAAUGCGUUCUUCCAGGUUGUGGGCCUCGAUCCCCUCAGGGACGAGGCAGUCCUGUAUGAUUGGAAGUUGAGGAAAAGCGGGGUGCUUACGCGGUUUGAACUUUAUUCUGGGUACGGGCAUAUGUUUUGGACAAAUUGGCCCGAAUUGGAAAAGAGCACAAAGUUCGUCCAGGAUACGCUCGUGGGGGUCAAGUGGUUAUUGGAGAAGUCUUAGUGAAGCUGGUGGUGCAUGCAGCGGUUGAGGUGAACUUGAUUAUGUAAACCGC